GUUGAAGAAAGGGGAAAAAAACAGUCUGAAAGACGGAUUUAAAAUCAUUUGAUUUUGAAAUAUCUUGUCCUUUGCCCUGUGAAGGCGUUGAGCAUUGUUACGCCUCCGUCUUUGGGGUGAACAAAAAAAAGGUUGUGAUCCCUGAGCCAGGUACAGGGUUCGACGAGUCAUGUGAUUCUGUUUUGUUUGACAAGGAUUAAUCGAGCAAUCAGGCGUGGACAUUGUACAGUGCCUAUUGUCAAAGCUAUUUCCGUAUUUUCUGCAGACCGAAGGCAAAAUGCAUUGUAUCACGUCCAAGCGGUGUUGAAUGUUUAUAAAUUCUCGUGGUUGAAACGUCGUCGCAAGCAACAAGGUUGAAGGUGUGAGUGGCUUGCAUUCGCUCCGUCAGGGCCUGUUGGUUCUCCCUGAAAAGAAAAAUGUGACGGUUGUUUUGCUUGCGGACUGUCGUCGGGUGCUUGCAUUGUUUAAGUUGUGUGCUGGAGUUCCGCUGAGCAGGUGAUGUGGCAGGUGUCAGACGCUACAAGCAUCAAGCUGACCGUCUGCAUUUUUUUGUCCUCUCUUUGUCGUGUUUGGAGUGAAAACAAGUUUGAUAUAUUUGAGAGGUUGCAUGUUUAUUUGUGCAUGUUUUGCGUAGUUCCCAACAUAGAGUUGAGUUUCGUCCAGGGUUUGUCAUGUUUGCAUACAAAGGAUGCAGGACACGUCUACACAUGAAACAACCAUUCUGAAAUUAGGUUCUGUUGAAGUCUAGUCAGUAGUAACCAUCAAAUGUUGUCUGAGGAUAUUUUUGUGUAAAAUAUAAAAAAUCAUUGUGUACUUAGUUAGUGUUACACUAAAGGCAACUCGGCAUAUUGCGGAAUAUGGGACUUGCUCUACACAGAGCAAGCUCAUAAUAACUGACUUGGAUACCACGCCGUAGCUUUAAGUUGCCAUUGCCAUGGCAACAGAGAGGAGCAACAAUAACACGGCGGCCUCCGGAUCGUGGCUGCGGAAUGUAGUCUGCCCCCCUUCGGGUUGUUGCUGUCUGUGCUCAUUCCUGCCAUGCAGGAGGCAAGACACCAGACCUACCGAUACCAGUUGGUUUCAAGUGGAAGACGGACAGCUGCAGAGCAACGCCGAACAGAAACACAAGAAACGGCGGCGACGGAAAAAGAAAAAGCGGCCGAGAGAUUUCUCCGCCAACGCGGGCGAGAGAUACGACACGAACACUAGUAUUAACCGGCUGACGGCUGUGACAAGCAAUACGUCCGAAUCGGAUGCUAGCCACAUGCGAACCGAAAAGCCUCUUGAGCACGCAACACGAGUCUCAGAUCUGUUGAAGCAUCUACUUCGCGAGGCAGAGAACAUCUCGUCUCAGAGCAGCGCAGCGCCCUCUUCUGACGAGACGACACCACCGCUGUUACGCAGCGACGAUCACGACCGAUACCAGCCACAGGUCCUCAUGGAGAUUACCAGCAGCACGCAGACAGAAGGAGAGCUUGAGAGGUCUGUGAGAUACACAGCGGGUAAAUCUGAGAUGAAGGUGUGAUAUAUUUUUAGAGAGUGCAACUAUUUCAACGAAGGUCCAAGACUUGUGUGCAGAGGUGCUUACGUUUCUACAGUGGUCCCCCUUUCUUGUCAUCAGUGUGUGACUUUGAUUUAUCAGAAUUUGUGAAGUUUUACGUAUUCUUGGUGUACUUUUUCACUGUAUUCUGUUAAAAUUUUAGAAGUAUUUUGUGUGCUUGCGUGUAAAAAUUUCGUAAUCUCUGUUUUCACUUUUCAAACGACUUCUGAGCAGCUUUAUAAUGGGGCAAUUCUAGCGUUAUGUAAUCUCCAUGACAGAGCUUUUUAGAGUUCCGUGAAUAAACCUGCAAAAUAUAUUUUUCAAAUCUUAUGCAUGCAU